GAACAGCAAAUGUGGGUGAUUAUUCGCCAUCGUUACAUGGUGUUACCAGUUAUCACCGACCAUUCAAUCGAUUUAAUCAUCAUCGACAGCUUCUCUUCCAAAUACCGAAACGACCUCGAAGUAUUGCUGGACCGGCGCAUACAGCUAUUUGGCCUUUACCACCGCCAUCCUAUCAUUCGCCUCGAUCAUGCCUCAAUCGACCGGCCUUUAUGGGAAACAUUGUCAGUGAGCAUGUACUUCAACGACAGCCAUCCGAAUCGAGUACUUGUGAGCAUUCCUACGUCAAUAUUCUUCCGCAACGUCGUUCCGCUACUUCAUCACCGCAGUGUGUAUCGCCGGUUUUGAGGGAAUAUGCUUCUACCAGUCAUUUCAAUUUUGGUUCAACGGAACAAAAUCUCGGCACAACGGAUUUUGGCUCACAACGAUUCAAUACUCCUGCUAUUGAGUUAUCACAUCGCUAUCCACCUUGUGGAUUUCUGUGCUCUUAUGAUAGACAACCUCCUAAUUCUUAUGUUAAUGCUCGAAAGGAUUCAGGAGUGAAUGAUCGUGAAACAACGCCAUCGCAACUUGAUUACGCAUUAGUAGCGGUAGGAAUAACUGAGGAAGGUUCAUCCGCAGCUGUCAGGGCUAAUCCAUCUAAUAUACGUAACGAUAUAGCAUCUACUGGCUUAACGUCCAAUGUAAAUUACACAAAAAUAGAUCUGGAAAAGACUCGUGCAGUAGAGGUGGCAGCAAGUACAGUGGAAAAAGAAAAUCCACAACGACGGCAUUUCACGACAAGUGCACAAUUGGGCAACUGA